GGUCCAUCCACCACAUUGACUGCAGGCCUUAGCGCAGUGACCUGUCAUCCGGCCAAAAGAUAGCAGCCUAUGGGAGCCAAUCCAGGUGGAUUCACUGACAUCUGGUUGGAAGCUAGACGAAGCUAGAGCGAACGGAUGCUUCCUUCCGGCCCUUAGCGUGCAGACAUUCUCUCAUCCGAAGAGCUGUCAGAUAUCAAGAUUAUGGGAUCCGAUGCGGAUACGGGCUGCUCUAAUACGGAGUGGGCCAUAGCCUGUCCAUUGUAUAUCUACAUAAUUAUAUGCAGCAGAGGACGUCUUUGUUUGUGAAACUGCCCAACGAUGUAGCCUUGAUUCUAUCGCCGAUUUGCAACAAGCUUGGCAGAACUUUACCCUGGUGUCGAUCCUCAAUGGAUAGAUCUGGGUUAGCCCUUGUUCUCUAUAAUUAAAGAAAGAACAUCCCAUGUUCACACAGCUUGUCCGUCCAGACUCUACUAGUCACGGAUGUCAAUAUGUCACCAGAAGAGCUCGAUGCCCUGCUCGAGGCUCCGGCUCUUGUACCGCCGCCCGGGGUCACGCCGAAUUUCGACAAUCCUAGCAGCCACAAUGACUAUGCUUGGGGUAUAACAACGGUCUGUAUGGUCGUUGCGACGCUAUGUCUCUGUCUGCGAUGGUAUGUCCGGAUCUGGUUGGACAGGAGAGUCCGUAUUGAGGAUGCUUUAACAAUCGGUGCAUAUGGCGCCUACUGGGGUACAGCUUACGCUGCCUAUGGGAUGAUUUACACUCCUGGCUACUAUGUCCACACCUGGGACCUUCGUAACCGGGACCUCAUCCGACCGCUCUACCUCAUUCUAGUUUAUGGUUGUUGCUACUCCGCAACCCUCCCACUGAUCAAGACAGCCAUCUUGAUGGACUGGUGUCGUGUGUUUGUUAGCGUUAACCGAACAAAGAGUUUCUUCUGGUGGGGAUGCAUGACUGUGUCAUUUUUUCAAUGCCUCUGGGGGCUCCUCUGUAUCCUCCUUCUCAACAUGCAAUGUCGCCCGCACAGAGCUAUUUGGGAAUUCUACCUUCCAAGCAAAUGCUACUCACUCCCAGAUGUUAUGCUCUGCUCCGCGGCCGUGCAAGUCAUCUCCGACGUGUGCAUGUUUCUGCUACCCCAGAAGAUGAUUUGGAGCCUCCACAUGAACUGGCAGAAGAAGAUGGGCAUUUCAAUCAUUUUUGGUGUCGGUAUUCUCGCCUCCAUUGCGGCCUGUUUCCGCCUAGCCCAUACCGUCACCUUCGCCAAGUCAACCGACACCAUGUACUUCAUUGGGCCCCUUCUCUUCUGGGCCUGCGCGGAGAUGACCUGCGGUUUCUUCAUCUUCAGCGUGCCAUGCCUAUCGAAGCUAGCCAUGGAGUCCGGACUGCGGAGCCGAUUGUCCAGCGCUCUCGGUCUCAGUGACAAGUCUGUCAGCGGUCCUUCUGACAAAGGUGCAAACCCCAAUUCAGGGCCUCGGGCUAAGCCCAAGCCAUGGAGGAUUUCAGAGACCAACUACUCGAAGAUCGAGGAGGGCAGUGCUAUACCGCUGACAAACGUUUCAGUGACGCAGCAUGACCCCAGCGAGGGGCGCCUUUCACGCGAUGAAAACCGCUCUCCGAUGAGUGUGGUUCGGACCAUGGACGUCAACGUCAGCUCUACCGAUGGCACUGGUGUUAAGCUACAAGAUCACCGCGUCCCUUGGGAGCAUUAGCUAUCAUGUUCGCAACUGGCGGUAUCUGGCGUUUCGGGGGCACAAUACGAUGGGAAGGUACG